GGCCCACCUGCCCAUGGAGAAGUCAUUCAGCGUCUACUCGUCGCCAUCUCGCCUGGAUGGGAAGUCCCCCACCGAGACGUGGAGGGGGUCCCCAAUGUCCACUCACUCCUCUCUCCAAUCCUCCAUGGUUGGAGCUGAGCCUAGCCGCAGCCCUUACCGACCAGACAUUGAUGGUCUCAGGGCAAUAGCGGUGAUCGCGGUGGUGAUCUAUCACUUGGAUCCCGCAUGGCUACCAACAGGACUGGUCGGUGUCGACAUGUUCUUUAUCAUCUCCGGCUUCGUGGUGACCUCUUCAUUGAGAGAUCGCUUCGAGAAGGCCGGUAGCUUCUACGAAUUUGCCAUCGACUUCUUCGCGCGGCGUGCGAAGCGAUUGCUUCCGUUGUCUCUCCUGGUCAUUUGCUGCGCCGCUCUGAGCCUGGCUCUGGUAGCACCCCAGUGGGAUCCGCGAGCGGAAAGAUUUCUUCUGGUGGGCCUUUCUGGCAC